ACGAAAUUUCGAUUGCGGACAAUUCUUCGGCUGUAUUAGCUUCCUGAAUUGUUAAUUUAGAAUCAUCUAAAGAGGAAUUGGACUAUCAGGAUGGCCAAUAUUAUGAGGCGGACCUUGAUUCCCGGACUUUCUCACUUGAGGCUACGGCCACAACUGGUUUCAUUAGGAUCGGCCGCGUUAACUUCUCAGGAGACGCGUCGGGGAGCCGCAAAAUGGUAUCCGGACCCUGAGUUUAUGAAGCAGUUUAGCGGCCCGGUGAUGUAUCCAGACGAGGUCACAUCGCUCUGGAAAGUGCCACCAUGGAACAGCAAGGUAACGCCUGUCGAGAAGUCUGUGCGUAAUUUGACCUUGAACUUCGGCCCACAACAUCCCGCCGCCCACGGGGUCCUUCGUCUUGUGCUGGAGCUGGAUGGAGAGACCGUCAUGCGUGCCGAUCCGCAUAUUGGGCUGCUGCACCGUGGGACCGAAAAGCUCAUAGAGUACAAGACAUACACCCAGGCAUUGCCGUAUUUUGACCGUCUUGACUACGUCUCCAUGAUGUGCAACGAGCAAUGCUACUCGCUGGCUGUCGAAAAGCUCCUGAAUAUCGAUGUGCCUCUUCGUGCCAAGUAUAUUCGAACUCUUUUUGCUGAGAUUACUCGGAUUCUGAAUCACAUUAUGGCCGUCGGAACACAUGCCUUAGAUGUUGGUGCACUAACACCUUUUUUUUGGCUAUUCGAAGAGCGAGAGAAAAUGAUGGAAUUUUAUGAGCGAGUUUCUGGUGCACGGAUGCAUGCUGCCUACAUACGUCCUGGUGGAGUGUCAUUGGAUAUGCCUAUUGGUCUGAUGGACGAUAUCUAUGAGUUUGCAUUAAAGUUUGCCGAGCGGUUGGACGAAGUGGAGGAUGUGUUGACUACAAAUCGAAUCUGGGUGCAGCGGACCGAGGACAUUGGGAUCGUAACCGCAGAAGAAGCCUUGAACUAUGGCUUCAGUGGAGUCAUGUUGCGUGGGUCUGGCAUUAAAUGGGAUCUUCGAAAACAGCAGCCAUAUGAUGCCUAUCAUUUGGUAGACUUUGAUGUUCCCAUCGGCACCAAGGGCGACUGCUAUGACCGAUAUCUCUGCCGGGUCGAAGAGAUGCGCCAGUCCUUAAGAAUAAUUGAUCAAUGCCUAAACCAAAUGCCUGCUGGAGAAAUCAAAACGGACGAUGCCAAGGUGGCGCCUCCGUCACGGUCCGAAAUGAAGACAUCCAUGGAGGCACUUAUUCACCACUUCAAGUUAUUCACCCAAGGAUAUCAAGUUCCACCAGGGGCAACAUAUACGGCAAUAGAAGCUCCGAAGGGUGAGUUUGGCGUUUACCUUAUAUCAGAUGGUUCCAGUCGUCCAUACCGCUGUAAAAUCAAAGCUCCUGGGUUUGCUCACUUGGCAGCUUUAGAGAAGAUUGGAAAGCAGCACAUGCUAGCCGACGUCGUUGCAAUAAUUGGAACUUUGGAUGUCGUAUUUGGGGAGAUAGAUCGAUAAUUCUUUAGAGAAUGUACGCCCUUCCUUCUCUGUACGAACCUGCUUAUAAGUAUAAAAAUUAUAAAUACUUUAAAAAUCAAAUAAAUCUUCGGUUUUUCAAUUA